AAAGUACUAAAAUAUUCCUUGUAUUUAUGUUGAUGUUUUUGCUUUCUCGUGAAUUCCAGAAACCUUUUCAACACAACAUCUGAAAGAUCUUGACAAGAGAAUCCCAUUCCAAAACUCACCUCACCUACUCCCAGACCCAGGUCCUAUUUCUCUCGAAGUUCUUGUCUUUUCCCUGAAGGAGUUUCUGUAGAAUGCUCGCAUUUUUGUUUGUUAACCGCCAGUUCUGGUUAUUCUAGUUUUGGAGGAUUUAGGGCUUGUGCUCUUUAUUCAUUUCAGCAUACAUAUCAAGCAGAAUAAGAUGCAGCAGACACCGCAAAUGAUUCCCAUGAUGCCUUCAUUCCCACCCACAAACAUAACCACCGAACAAAUUCAAAAGUAUCUUGAUGAGAACAAAAAGCUGAUUCUGGCAAUAAUGGACAAUCAAAACCUCGGGAAACUUGCUGAAUGUGCCCAGUACCAAGCUCAGCUUCAAAAGAAUUUGAUGUAUUUAGCUGCAAUUGCUGAUGCCCAGCCACAAACUCCAGCCAUGCAGAUGACCCCACACCCUGCGAUGCAACCAGAAUUCUAUAUGCAACAUCCUCAGGCUGCAGCAAUGGCUCAGCAACAAGGAAUUUUCCCCCCAAAGAUGCCAUUGCAAUUUGGUAAUCCCCAUCAAAUGCAGGAUCCACAGCAGCAGCUACACCACCAGGCCAUCCAAGGGCAAAUGGGACUGAGAUCUGGAGGGAUAAAUAAUGGCAUGCAUCUAAUGCAUAGCGAGGCCACCCGUGGAAGUGGUAGCAGUGGUGGUCCUCCUCCAACUCCUGGUCCAAAUGAUGUACGUGGUGGAAGCAAGCAUGAUGCUUCUGAGGCUGGGAAGGGUGGUGGAGAUGGCCAGAGCAACUCAGCUGCCGGGCGUAACAGUGGUGAUGUUUAAUCAUCUUAUUUGAACGGGUCAGGAGAAAAAGUUGUUGUAAAACUUAAAUUAGGAAGUUUAUUUUUGUUAUUUGGUAUUCGUAUAGUAGUAUUAAUGGUUUUAGGCAUGAGUGGCAUAACCAAGAAAUAUGGGUGACAAACCUAUUUAAUAGGCAUCAUGAUUUAUUUUUUGGCAUUUGAAGAGGCAAACAUUUUGCCUAUAAAUACUUGUAACAAUUCAUUUGAAAAGAUGCAGAAAACAGAGAGAGAUUAAAGAGAACAAAGUGCUGCCAACUUUUAUU